AUGGAGGCGGAGAAGAUGGAGCUGAAGCUUUACAACACGAUGACGCAACAGAAGGAAGUUUUGGUUCCGAUCAAUCCCGGCAAGAUCGGAUUGUAUGUCUGUGGUAUUACAGCUUACGAUUUCAGCCACAUCGGUCAUGCUCGCGCCGCCGUUUCCUUUGAUGUUCUUUACAGAUACUUAAAGCAUUUGGGUUACGAAGUUAAUUUUGUCCGGAAUUUCACAGAUGUUGAUGACAAGAUUAUCAAACGUGCUAAUGAGAAUGGAGAGAACCCGUUAGAUUUGAGUAAUCGCUUUUGCGAGGAGUAUUUGGUAGAUAUGGGUGCUCUUCAGUGCCUCCUUCCCACCCACCAGCCUCGUGUCAGCGACCAUAUGGAUCACAUUGUUAAGAUGAUAGAAACGAUCAUUGAGAAAGACUGUGGGUAUGUAGUGGAAGGCGAUGUGUUCUUUUCGGUUGACAAGUCUCCAAAUUAUGGUAAACUAUCUGGGCAAAUGUUGGAACAUACACGAGCUGGUGAGCGUGUUGCUGUUGAUUCGAGAAAGCGUAACCCUGCUGAUUUUGCAUUAUGGAAGGCUGCAAAACCCGAUGAGCCAAGUUGGGAGAGCCCAUGGGGUCCAGGAAGACCAGGAUGGCACAUCGAGUGCAGUGCAAUGAGUGCUCAUUAUCUGUCUCCGAGAUUUGACAUUCAUGGUGGUGGUGCCGAUCUGAAAUUCCCGCAUCAUGAAAAUGAGAUUGCUCAGACAUGUGCUGCAUGUGAGGAUGGUGGUGUGAAUUACUGGUUGCAUAAUGGACAUGUCACUAUCAAUAACGAGAAGAUGGCAAAAUCUAAGAAAAACUUUAAAACAAUCAGAGAAAUCACAGCUAGUUACCAUCCAUUGGCUCUGAGGCACUUCUUGAUGAGUGCACAGUACCGGUCUCCUCUGAGUUUUUCAGAGUCACAGCUAGAGAGUUCGUCAGAAGCUUUAUAUUAUGUUUAUCAGACAUUACAAGAUCUUGAUGAUGGUCUCUUGCCAUAUCGAGAAGCAAUGUCAGAAGACGGGGGAAAAGCUGAACCGACUGCAGAAGCCAUAGACAUCAUUAACAAUCUGAAAAGUGAGUUUGAAGCAAAGAUGUUAGACGAUUUGAAUACUGCCCAUAUACUUACGGGUGCUUACCAAGAUGCAUUGAAAUUCAUCAACGCCUCGCUUGGCAAGCUCAAGAAAAUGCAAAAAAGGCAGCGGAUGUCGCUGCUUGUGUCACUCAUUGAGAUUGAAAAAGCAGCAAGGGAAGUUCUUGAUGUACUUGGUUUGCUCACUACUCUGAGCUAUGCUGAUAUUUUGAAAGAAAUGAAACAAAAAACACUAACUAGAGCAGGAUUGGGAGAAGAAGACAUUUCUCGGUUAGUAGAAGAAAGGAUAAUGGCGCGAAAGAACAAAGAAUUUGAGAGAAGCGAUGCGAUAAGAGCAGAAUUGACGAUCAAAGGGAUAGCAUUAAUGGAUAUCGGCAAAGAAACUGUGUGGAGGCCAUGUUUCCCUUCUCAGGCUAAUUCCAGCAAUUGA